CAACCACGUCUAAGGCUCUCUCAGGCAAUAACCACAUACCUGGACAUCGUCCGUUGUACUAGACUCCUCGGUUGUGCCUCUGUGCAGAGUUUCUGUUGACGAUGCCAUCCCCGUUUCAUAAAGGAACAAAUCUUCUCCAGCGCCUGGGUGGCUACAUAGGCCUCAGCGCCAAUGCACACCCACACGAAGACUCUCCUCUUUGUGACACAUGUUCAAAACUAGAUCUCCGCAGCAUGCUCCCUUACGAACGCAUUGGGAGCGAUCCCGUAACCCUCGGUACCCUCCCGAAUAUCCUCGACAAAGCGAGCACCUGCGGACUCUGCAAUAUUGUAGCGUCGCUUGUCCGGCGGACGUGGCUCCUCGACACAAACAAGUUCAAUGUCGACCUCUCAGAAGUCAAAGUGCUCGUCGGGUCCUCUGAUACAGGUUCUCUUGACGGAUUCAACCCCGCCAACUCCUUCCCGUUGACGUUCUCAUACAGGCCACCCGAGGUCUUGGCUGCUCAGGCAGUUGCAAGUUCUGCUCUCACACCCGCAAUCCAGAUCAUGGAGGACACCGCGCUGGCGCUUGGGCACCGGAAGCUCUACCAUGGACGCAUGGUGGGGGAGACGGUCGAUGUAGAGCUCGUCAAGCGGUGGUUGCACAUAUGCGAGCACACUCAUGGGGAUGUGUGUGGACGGGACUGGUGGAGGGGCAACGAUGGGCUUCCGAGCUAUGUCCGGAUGGUCGAUGUGGAGGAUAUGGCUGUGGUUUCUACACCUCCAAACUGCCGUUACCUCGCCCUCAGUUAUCGCUGGGGCAUUGACGGCGCGUCGUACUGGACUUGCUCCACCAAUAUCUCGGCGCGCUCGGCGCCGGGCGGCCUCCCCAUCUCCAUCUUGCCUGGUACCAUCUCCGAUGUCGUCCUCCUCGCUCGCAAAAUCGGUGUUCGUUAUGUAUGGAUCGACGCGCUCUGUAUCAGCCAAGAUGAUUCUUCCGACAAAGCCCUUCAGAUUGGCGUGAUGGAGCGCAUAUAUGCAUGCUCACUGCUGACUGUCUUCGCAGUUGGCGGAGACGAUGCCCAUGCCCCUCUCAUGGGCCUCCGGGCUGGCACGCGAGUGGUUGGGCAAGAGACGCAGCCGACAGCAUAUGUCCAGGGACUUCACCUCUCAGCUGCACUUCCAGGCCUUGAUGAGGCGCUCGUGCGCUCCUCCUGGGACACGCGCGGCUGGACACUCCAAGAAAUCGUCCUAUCACGGCGGCGUCUCGUGUUCACCGCCCACCAGGUGUACUUCGAGUGCGGUACAGACCUCUUUGCUGAGGGCUUCUCAGCCGAGACGGAAGGACCCAGCGUCUAUGGGCCAAAGACACACCAGCUUACACGAGCGCGGGGAAAAUAUGCGUUCAUUCCCCGGCGCUCGCCCUGGUCCCCCGGGAAGAUGUGGGACUCGAUGGACAUGUGGAUGCAUAUCGUGAAAGUGUACACAACUCGGAGCCUGACAAACGAGGGAGACAUCGUCAUCGCCAUAUCGGCUCUCGCCACCGCCUUUGGUCGCGCCGCGAGGCUCGCGGGCAGCGGGGAUGGGAAAGCGAUCCGAUAUGGGAUGCCCGUGCAAGAGCUUGAGCUUGUGCUGUUGUGGCACCCUCAUCCGGACCGUGCACUCGAGCGGAGAUCAGGUAGCGAUGGGGAUACAAUGUCGUCGCCAUGGCCGUCAUGGGCGUGGUCUGGGUGGCGCGGUCCGGUACGCUACGGCCCCAACAACCACUUUCUCUUUAUCUACGAGAACAACGAUGUUCCCGCAGCAGACGAAUCGCUGGUAGAACGGUGGAGCUUGGUAGAUGACGACGGCGCGUUAAUCCGUCUCGAGGUUAAGCACACCAGUCCUGUUCUGGAACCACGUCAGAUUGUCGCUGAGAGUGGGCGGCUGGCUCGCCACAUAUCUUGGGACGACGCGUGGGUUCCUCCGGUCGGGCAACCACUCAAACCUGGUACCCUCGUAUUCCGCACGAUGUCAGCUCAGCUCCAAGUUCGCAGGUUAGUAGCCAACGAAAUUACCUCGGAGCAUCGCGUCGAAGGUACGGAACAAGCCGUUUUCGUGAUCGUAACCGGGGAAGCAGACGGCACGGGGAGCCGCGUUAUUCUUCCCAAGGAUCACCCGUCCCCGGCAACACUCCAAUUUGUAGUCGUUUGCCGUGCUCACUCAUGGGGUCCGGGCGAGUCACUGCUGGCUGGCGAGAACGCCUCUGGGCCGAUCUUCUGGUUGUAUGUUCUGGCUUUGCGAGCGCAGCCCGGGAUAGAGGUUAAAGAGCGGCUGGGGUCCGGCAUUGUUCAUGAAAAGUCUUGGAUGGAAUCGGGGAAAUGGGGGGAGGAGGUGAUCCUGUUGCGCUGAGUUGUACCCCUGAUACGCUAGCUAACUACACUGAUAAGGAUUCCCUUUCCCAAUGAUAAUAUGUCCC